UGAUGACCGAUUGGCAGGCUGGUAGGCAGGCAGGCUACCUUCGUCUCUGUCUUUCCUAGCUCAUACAACUUCCUAUUCUGCUAUCAUCACCAUGGCAGCUCUUCGACUAGCUCUCAAAUCAUUGCCACGAGCAGGAUCAUCCUCUGUCCUGCUCGCUGCUCGACCCAUCGCUCCUCUUGCUCUCCGACUCCCUGUUCCUUCUCUAUCUCUUGCUCGUGGAUAUGCCGCUUCUGCUGGAUUGAGUAAGGAGGAUAUCACUCAGAGGAUAAUGGAGGUCAUAAAAGACUUUGAAAAGGUCAACGCCGCAAAGCUCAGCACUUCCUCUUCCUUUACUAACGAUCUCGGACUCGACUCGCUCGACUCUGUUGAAGUCGUCAUGGCCAUUGAGGAGGAAUUUGGAAUCGAGAUCCCGGACGACGAGGCCGAUGCCAUCACUACAGUUCAACAAGCGAUCGACUACAUUUCUCAGACUCCAGACGCUCACUAGUUACGAAACGAUCGCAGUAUCUCAUUUCUGAUUUCAUGCAACCCGAUAGCAGCAUGAGG